UACCGGAGCCGCGAGGAGCCUGAACGGCUGCGGGCGCGAGGGCGGGCGUGCCCAGAGUGGUCGCGCGGCCGUCGGCCGCCGCCCCGCCGCCUUCCUACUUACAGGUCUCCUCCUUCUCCGCCGGGACGCGGGAGAGCCCGGCGCGCGGCGGGGGCGCGAGGUGGAGCCGGCGGGGGCGGCCAAUGCGAAACUGGCUGGUGCUGCUGUGCCCGUGUGUGCUCGGGGCCGCGCUGCACCUCUGGCUGCGGCUGCGCUCCCCGCAGCCCGCCCGCGCCUCCGGGGCCGGCCCCGCAGAUCAAUUGGCCUUACUCCCUCAGUGGAAAUCUAGUCACUAUGAUGUGGUAGUUGGUGUGUUGUCAGCUCGCAAUAACCAUGAACUUCGAAAUGUGAUAAGAAGCACGUGGCUGAAGCAUUUAAUACAACAUCCAGCAUUAAGUCAACGUGUGCUUGUGAAGUUCAUAAUAGGUGCUCAUGGCUGUGAAGUGCCUGUGGAAGACAGAGAAGAUCCUUACUCCUGCAAACUACUCAACAUCACGAAUCCAGUUUUGAAUCAGGAAAUUGAGGCAUUCAGUCUUUCUGAAGACACUUCAUCAGGGCUCUCUGAGGACCGAGUUGUCAGUGUGAGCUUCCGCGUUCUCUACCCCAUCGUUAUUACCAGUCUCGGGGUGUUUUAUGAUGCCAACGAUGUGGGUUUCCAAAGGAACAUCACCGUCAAGCUUUAUCAAGCAGAACAGGAGGAGGCCCUCUUCAUUGCUCGCUUUAGUCCUCCAAGCUGUGGUGUGCAGGUGAACAGGCUGUGGUACAAGCCUGUGGAGCAGUUCAUCUUACCAGAGAGCUUUGAAGGUACAAUCGUGUGGGAGAGCCAAGACCUGCAAGGCCUUGUGUCAAGAAAUCUCCACAAAGUGACAGUAAAUGAUGGAGGGGGAGUUCUCAGAGUCGUUACAGCUGGGGAGGGUGCACUGCCUCACGAAUUCAUGGAAGGUGUGGAGGGAGUUGCAGGGGGUUUUAUUUAUACCAUUCAAGAAGGCGAUGCUCUCUUACAAAACCUUCAUUCUCGCCCUCGAAGACUUAUUGAUCAUAUAAGUAAUCUCCAUGAGGAGGAUGCCUUACUGAAGGAGGAAAGCAGUGUCUAUGAUGAUAUUGUUUUUGUGGAUGUUGUUGACACUUAUCGAAAUGUUCCUGCAAAGUUAUUGAACUUCUAUAGAUGGACUGUGGAAACAACCAGCUUUGAUUUAUUACUAAAGACAGAUGAUGACUGUUACAUAGACUUAGAAGCUGUAUUUAAUAGAAUUGCCCACAAGAAUCUGGAUGGGCCUAAUUUUUGGUGGGGAAAUUUCAGAUUGAAUUGGGCAGUUGACCGAACGGGAAAGUGGCAGGAGCUGGAGUACCCCAGUCCUGCUUACCCUGCCUUUGCCUGUGGGUCAGGGUAUGUGAUCUCCAGGGACAUCGUCCACUGGCUGGCCAGCAACUCGGGCAGAUUAAAGACGUAUCAGGGUGAAGAUGUAAGCAUGGGCAUUUGGAUGGCAGCCAUAGGACCUAGAAGAUACCAGGACAGCCUGUGGCUGUGUGAGAAGACUUGUGAAACAGGAAUGUUGUCUUCCCCUCAGUAUUCUCCACAGGAACUCACAGAACUGUGGAAACUGAAGGAAUUGUGUGGUGAUCCUUGUCAGUGUGAAGCAAGAUGAUAAUGAUUUUAAUGCGCAGUGUUUAAAGAUCAGGGUAGGCGAAUGAUAAUCUGAGUGUAAAUCUGAGGAAAGCCCAAGGUUUGGCAAUAGAUGAUAGGGUCUUUCAGGAUAGUUCUAGGCCUGGCACUUGUACCUGUAAUCCUUGUGGUAUUUCUUAACAUUUGCACAAAAUGUCUUUUUUAAAAAUCAGCUGAUACUGUAGCAUAAGAAAAAUUUUACUUACAUACUGGAAGAUGAUUUGAAAAAUACCAAAUUGUUCAUAAAAGAAAAGAUGUUUCUAAAUCCUGAUGCAUCAUUUCUAGUUAGUAAUUCAUGACCUAGCAUUUUUGGUUAAAACUUGGCCUAGUGCAGAAAUCUUGAGUAAUAAUUGCAAGUUUGAAUUUCAACCUGGAUUGCAGAAUAGCUCUCUAUAGCAUAAUUAGGAUAAUUAAGGGCCAAAAACAAUCAAUCAUGUGAUCACUUAUGAGCAGUGGUCACUUAUACCAAAGCUUGGGGUUUCAGGAAAUAAUGUCAGAUUUUGUGGAUCUCUGAAUGAAGUGGGCAACUUGAACUUGAAAAGGAACCAAUAUAAUUCUCAGUUCUGGACCUUGGUUUUAAAGUUCAUUUAUUAAGUGGACUAAUUACCCAAGUUUUCUUUUGCCAUUUAACAUAAAUCCUGAAGGUCACAGUUUUCAGUACUCCUUAUUUUAAAAAAAUGCUAAAUUUUUGUGAAUAUAAGUAAAAUCAAAUACCUCUCAGGGUUUUAGUGCCAUAGGGAAGGCUAUUUCUAAAUAAUUGACACUUUGAAAGAAUUAACUUUGCUUUCCUCCUAUCGUUGCCUAAUGUUUACCUACUAUAAGUGAGUUUUGAUCAGAGCUGGUAAUCUUCUAUGGAAGAAUAUAUGCUCAGUUUAGGUAUAACUGUAGGGAAAAGCAUGUAAUUAAUUUUUGUACUCUAAAAACAGUGUGACUGAGAAGCGAAAUCAUAACAUAUAUGUUAUACAUAGUAGAGGAUGUACCUCCCUAAGUUAAGGGAUAGUUCCCAAAAUGACCAACCAAAUCAUUUUAGUAACCUUUUAAACUAGUAGUAUCCAUUAAACUAGUAGAAAAUUCCAUUAAAACUGGUCUUAUGACAGACAUUAACUGUGUUCAGAUUUUAUUAGACUAGCUAGGGUCUAUUUAAUAUUUAAA